ACUGCCUCGUUUAUCUCGCAACGCAUCCCUUCGCCCGUCGGUCCCGACACGUGUCGCUCCCUCCCGGCUCCUCCCGUCGCUAUUAUUACUGCUCCCCGCGGAGGAGCUACAACGUUGUCCAAGAUACCGUGUGAACGUUUCAUCUUCUUCCUCCUUCUUCCUCCUCUGUUUUGCUGUAUAUCUUUCGAAGAACAAGAAAAAGGUCUUGCCUUUGUCCGUGUUGGAGGCUGAUACGAUGUUGGGGUCGAAAGAGGAAGAGCUCGAGGACGCCGAGCUCGAUUUGGUCUUGUCGAUCGGGGGUUCGUACGGGAGAUCCGAGAGAGCGAGGGAGCCCGGGAAAGGUCUCGCCUUGGAGGGCGCGUUGGGGUCGAGCGGCGAGGAUUCGGGGGGAGCUCGAAAGGAUGGGCCUGUGUCUCCGGGAUCGACGGGGUCGGAUCUCGAGACGGGCGGGUCGGGGUCGGAGUCGGACCCGGAGAGGAAGCGGGCAAUGCAGGCCAUGGGGAGGUUCGAGGCGAUGAGGAAGAGGGAGGAGAAGCGGCAGAGGAAGGGGGCCGGCGGCGGCGGCGGCGCGGAUGACGCCGGCGGGAGGUCCGACCCGGCUGGAGAGCCCGCCCGGAAGAAGGCGAAGGAGGAGGGUGCGAAUGUGGAACCGGGCGCCGAGGGGGCGGCGGGCACUGCCCAUCCCGCGUGCCCGCCGUACCUGGUGGUGCCGGUGCAGUUUCCGUACGGUCCGUUCGUGAACGGGUACGGGUUCCCUUACUGGGUUCAGGGUCCGGGUAAGGACGAUGGGGCUUGGGGGUUGGGGCAAAAUGUCUCGGAGCAGAGCAGCAGCGGGAAGAAAUCGGCGUCCUCGAAUGGGUCGCAAGUGUGCAGCUCUUCUGGUGUCUCCGAUUGCCAGGGUUGUUCUGGGCGCCAAGGUGGCACUAGCUGCGAUGCCAAAAACCAAUCCACUGCGAGCAGCAGAAAGAGACGAUUGCCCGAGCGGAAUUCUCCCCACCAUCAAUCGAAGUCUGCUGAACUCACGGACGAGCCAAAGAACCUUCUUGAUGAGAAAGCCGAUUCCACAAGUCCUACCAGGUCGACGGACCCAUCUAAACCGAAAGAAGAUACCGGUUUAGAAACGCAAGGCCCACCUCGGAAUCCCUAUAGAGAAUGUGCUGACCAAAGGUCUGCUUCACCCAAUGGAGGUGCCGGAAAGCCUCCGAGGCCUUCGCUUCCUCUCCUUAGGAUGCCGCGCGUUUCAACGACAGGAAACGGCCUGAACGGCAAGACAGUCAAUGGAUUCCUGCACAAGUACACAAAGGCAGAGAUCAGCAUUGUUUGCACCUGCCAUGGAUUCACUUUCUCGCCGGCUGAGUUUGUGGAGCAUGCUGGAGGCACCAACGUAUUGCAUCCUCUCAGACACAUCACGAUGCUACCUUAGGUACUUUUUUACGGAGAUGUUGGGGUUACAUAAUGUUUAUGCUCAAACUGUAGGCUCUUUUGGGCACUUUUUAUGCCCCUCUUCCUAGAAGUUGUAUAGAUAGAUAGGUGAUGGCGGGCAUGUUAAGUGUGGAAAAUCGAUGUAGAGCUGAGAUCACAAGAAUGUGGGCGAUUCCCGGGAGGAUAUUGGUUUUGUAUUUGUUUCUCCUUUUCUUUGACUCGCUUCGAGGAGCAUUUAGAUGGAUGAAGUUGUGAAUAGCUUCCUCGCUUGCUUCGAAAGUAAUUGAAAAAGUAUGUUGCU